AUGGCCAUCAAUGAGCUCGUUCGAGCUAGCGAUCCUGACAUUCUAUUUGACUACAUUGUUCCGCCUCACGUGACAGUAGUUGAUGGAAAUUUCUUCACUUACACCAAUUUCCGUGUUCUUUUUAACAGAUCAAUGGAUCCUACAGCAAUUCAAGCCAGCAUGACGGAAUUCCCGGCUCUAAAUGGCCAGAGCGUUUCCCUUUCGGUGCUACGGUUAUCCCCUGGAGGAGUGAGUCCACCACACACGAGACCCCAUGCAACUGGCUUGUUUUUAGUGUUGGAGGGUGAAUUCGAGGUUGGUUUUGUGGACACGACGAAUAAGCUUUACACACAAACCCUACAAACUGGAGACAUGUUCAUAUUUCCAAAGGGACUUGUUCAUUACCAGUAUAAUGCUGAUAUGAAGAAGACAGCCAUGGCUGUAGCUGCAUUUGGUAGUGCAAGUACUGCUCUGGUUUCAGUUCCGUCAACUUUGUUCAAACCAGACGUUGAUGAUGUCGUUCUUGCCAAGACUUUUAGAACGGAUGUAGCAACAAUUCAAAAGCUUAGGGCUGCUUUUCGAGGAAAGGUUUAG